GAUGCGGAUGCUACCGCAAUAGCUUUCCCUGGAUCGUGAACGUGCUGGAUCAGAACGAGGCUCUCUCUGUCCUGUGCUUCUGGCGUUGCAACCAUGAACGGCGGCAAGCAGGCGCCUCGGAUUCUCGUGUUCGGGGACGUCCUCGGCCGCCUGGAUGCUCUCUUCAAGCGCGUGCAAUCGGUGAACAAGAGCAAUGGCCCAUUCGAUGCUGCUUUGUGCGUGGGACAGUUUUUCCCGGAAGACGAACGGUGGGUGGAAGGAAUGGAAGGGUACUUUACAGGGGAGAAGCCGGUUCCUCUCCCCACUUAUUUCAUCGGGGACUAUGGGGAGGGGGCCAAUUCUCUUCUGGCGCCGGCUAGAAAGACAGCAUUGGACUUGGGCUUCUCCAUGGGCGGUAUCCCUGUCUGUGAUAACUUGUUCUACUUGAAAGGCAGCGGCAUUCUUAAUUUGAAAGGACUUAGAAUAGCGUACUUGUCAGGGAGGUACAUACCCGAUGUGUACCAGAAUGCAAGAGGGGCUGAAGCAUCAGGAGGUCACUUUGAGGACGACGUGGAUGCACUGCGUGCCAUUGCAGACGACAAAGAAAUAACUGAUAUAUUUCUUUCUAAUGAGUGGCCUCUAGGAGUUCACAAUGCUGCUGACUCCUCUUCUGAUCCGAAUGGGAUCGAUUUAGCUUCAACGGGUAGCGACAUCGCUGCGGAACUUGCAUCUCUGUUAAAACCUCGCUAUCACUUUGCAGGUUCCGAGGGCGUCUUUUAUGCACGCGAGCCAUAUAUUAACCCCGAUUCUACUCACGUUACACGCUUUAUUGGUGUUGGAGCUGUCGGGAAUGACAAGAAGCAGAAAUUCGCUCAUGCCUUGGCUCCAACUCCUGCUUCUGAGAUGUCUCCGCUUGACUUGGCUGCAAGACCUACAAACACUACUCCGUCUCCUUACAUUAAGGGAGCUCACAACAAAUCGACAACUGGCACUACUCAGAAAAGAGAUGUAAGUCAGAUGGAUAAAGCCAAUGAAGAGAAUGUUCAGCAUUGGAGAUACGACACGUCUCAGGGGAAGAGGCAGAAGCGUAACGAUGGUGGUGAUAGAGUUUGUUUUGAAUUUGUAAAGCAAGGCUCAUGCUCAAGGGGAGAGACUUGCAAGUUCAAGCAUGACCUGGGCAAUGGAGUUCCCAUACCGAAGGGAGCCUGCUUCGAUUUUGUCACCAAAGGACGAUGUGAGAAGGGUGCUGAUUGUCGUUUCAAACAUUCUCUUGAAGACUGGGGACCUGCAGAAAAAGCGUUACCUCCAGGGUCUUGCUUUGACUUUUUCAGGAAGGGACAGUGCGAAAGAGGAUCUGAAUGCAGGUUUAGUCAUAGUCUGGAUGAUCCAAGGCCUCCUCGCGCACCCCCAAGUGCCUGCUGGUUUUGUCUUUCUUCGCCAAAUAUUGAGACACAUCUCGUAGUGUCUGUGGGAGACCAUUGCUAUUGCGCCAUUGCCAAAGGACCUCUUUGUCCUGGUCAUGUGUUGAUUCUCCCAAUCGAACAUCAACCUUCAAUAGUGUCCUUACCUUCUGAUGCUGAACUCGAGCUAGAUAAGUACAAGCAUUCAAUAAGGGAGUGCUUUAAAAAGCAAGGGAAAGCCACAAUAUUCUUUGAGCGGUACCUGCAAUUAAGAGCCGGAACUCAUGCACAUCUUCAGGCUGUUCCUAUUCCAUUGUCCAUGGCAUCUCUUGCUCUGAGCUCAUUUGUUUCGUCUGCAAAAGAAGUAGGCUUUAGUUUUGAAGUUAUUCAUCAGGAAGAUAAUGAUAAUGAGGCAAAGCAGAGAUUAAAAGAGCUAGUGGGAGGUGGCGUAAACUAUUUUAUUGUAGAACUUCAUGAAGGCACGUUGCUGGUUCACCCGCUUCCGCAAGGGGAGAAGCUGCCAAUGCAGUUUGGUCGAGAGGUGUUAGCAAAAAUACUUGGAACGCCGGAGAGAGGAGAUUGGAAACAAUGCAAAUUAGAUGUAUCUGAAGAGACUGCCUUGGCAGAUCAGUUCAAAGAACAGUUCCAAGAGUUCGACCCCAUGCCGUGAAUGUGGGUCGAUCACAUGACAGUAUUUCAUGCAAUUAUGUACAUGAUGAGAUCGAUUUGUUACUGCCCAAGUUUUAGAUUAGUGCCCCACGACCUGGAUCCUGCCCAUCUUGGGCAGCACCUGGCUCUGCAAGUACCUGCACUGUAUGCCGCACUUUUGUAAACGCCAUACAGUUCCUUGGUGGAAAUAUUCCUAAUACGGCCUCAAUGCAAGAAUUGUCAUGUUUCUCUUGCAGUUAUUUUGUGCAAUUUCCAACACUCUUUACAAUGAAUUUAUCCAUUUUAGGUUAAAUCUUGAGAGCUUAAA